AUGGAGAAAAGAGGAAACGAGCUUCUGGAGUUGCAAGAAAGUGCGAAAAGGAGAAGACGCAAUAUCGCAAAGGAGGCUGUGAAGGCCAAGGCUAGUAAGCCUAGCGAAAGCAGCGGAAGUUCAAAUGAGUGGGAGAAAGAAGAUGAAAGGAAAGAGCCAAGAGAAUCUGCUGAAAAGCUAGAAGAGCCUAAAGCUGCCGAGCAGGCAGAGGACCCAAAGGAUGCCGACAGGGCAGAAAUAUCCAAAGAGGCUGAGAAGGCUAAAGAGCCAGAGAAGGCCGAAAAGGCAGAGGAACCUACGGAGGCUGCAAAGCCAGAAGAAUCCAAGGAUGAAGAGAAGGAAGAAGUCGACCCAGCUGCAGAGAUGUCGAUAGCAGAUGUAUGCAGAGAAAAGUACCACUUGAGCGAGAAUGCCAUAGAGAUGCUAUUGGAGGAGGAUAAGCAAGAGUCCGUUCGUGCAGCACUGGAGAUGCUGGAAAGCAGCGUAGACCAGUUGCCGCAAGGAUAUGGCAACCACCUGGAGCGACUUAGUGCUGACUUCGACAAGUGGACGACUGAGCUGGUUGAAACGAUAGCUGUUACGGAAGACGAAGUGGAAACGAAUACCAUCAAGCGAGAUGGAACACAGGAUGCCAGGGAAUUGGCACUCACUCGGAAAGCCGAGGCUGAACUCAAGAAGCUAGAGGCAGAAAAUGAUAUCAAAGCAGCAGAGAAAGAGAUCAAUGACUACGACGAGCAGUUGGAAGAGAUAGGAAAAGCAAGAGAGAAGUUAAAGGCAGGCCGUCAAGCAGUGAGGGAGACACUGCAAGUGUCAGAAAGAGUACUUCAAAUGCUGAAGCAUUUGGUAAAGCAGCUACGUACUGUUGGAAGCAUCAACGAAGCAGUAAAAAAGAAUUUGUUUCAAGAUGAAGAAAAGAGGGGAAGUGCGCAGUUGCAGAUCCUACGCAUGAUGAUGCAGAAGAGAAAGAGUGGGACAGAAACCCCGCGAAGUAUGCCAAGCGUUGCAGUUACAGAUGACGAAGGCGAAGGCCGCAGAAAGCGAGUCCGCGGGACGGACGAGCCGAACGAGCCGGCAGACCCUCCUAGAACUCCAAGCACGCAGCAGCCGAAGGUUAAACCGGCGGCAAAAGUGGCUCCGGAUAUCGUAAAGGAGAAAGAGGUUCAGAAGGAAAGGAAGGACCGAAAGAGGGACCUCGAAGGAGUUCACGACAAGUGGUUGUUGAAGAGAGAAUGGAAGGAAAGUCAUGGAGCCAAUAUGGGAUUCACCAUUACUGAUGACAAUGGAAAGAAGCGCAUAGCCGUUGGUUGGGGCAACCACACGGUGCAAAAGUGUAGACUCAACAAGACAGGAAUUGACCCGUCAAAGCCUGAUAUGAGUCUGGUGAAUCCUAAGAAGCCCAAAGUUGGAGAGAAAGUGAUAGACAUCGAGGCUGAAGAAGGAAACAAGAAAGAGAAGAGCACUACUGGCGCAAGUUCAAGUGCCAAACCGAACAUCUUUACAACGUCGGAUGGAAAAGUUCGUCCGAACCCAAGGUGGGGAGAAGAGCGACCUCGAGUUGAGGAAAAGAAGAUGCCCAAGAAGGGCAAGGAAAGCAAGGACAAGGAGAAGAAGGAGAAGAAAGGCCACAAAGACAAGAAGCAUAAGAAAGACAAGAAGAAUAAAGAUCAAGGGGCUGAGAGCCCGGAGAAAGGACACGAAGAGCCAGAAGGUGAAGAGAAGAUGAAAGGAAAGGCUCAAGGUAGGCUAGAAGCGACGGUAGACAGCCCACCGCCGUCUGUGGAAAAGUGCGAUAGUGAUCCGGUGAUCCAAGGGAACCUUAAAGUUUGGUUUAAAACUUUCAAAACGGGAGGCCAAGAUGACCACUGCUGCAUUGUGUGA